CCCGCCGCCUCCCCCGCAGCAGCCCCCAUUCCCGGUCGCCCCCGUCGCCCCCGUCGAGGGGGGGGCAGGCGCGUGGGGCUCGCAGGCUAGCGACGGAGGGGAGAGCUGGCGUGCGGCGCCGCCUCCCUCCUCUGGCGGGCAUAAGGUGAUUGAUACACCUCCGCCUCCCUCCUCUGGCGGGCGGGCUCCCCCCCCCGCCACGUGGCGAGGUGCCCCCCCAGCCACGUCCCUCCGCGACGCCGCGACGUUCGGCUUGGCCGGCGCGCCCAUGCUUGUCGCUGCCAUCGUCAGCGUGGCGGACCGGCAGCUGAUGCAACCGAUGGAGCUCCUCUUCUUCCUCGCCAAGUACCUCCUCUACGUGGCGGUCGUCCUCGCCCUCCGCUAGAGGGGAGGCAUCGGACACGAGGACGAGCGUCGGAGGAGACACGAGAGCAUCGCCGCCGCGCCUCAGGCCCGAGCCUCGGCGCUGCUCGUGCAGGGACCAGGGUGCAUCGUACUACGCUACCGGGCUGCAACGGAGGCAGCUUAUGCGUGCCGUGCAUGUCUCGCAUGCCGGGAAGGGCCAGGGGUGUAGAAGAGGUCAUCAGCUGGCCCGAUCCUCGGGACCGCGGCGGCCCCACCCAGCGCACACGCCGCGACGCCGCCUCGCCGGGGGGGGACACCAGUCACCACUUCUGUGCCACUCGCGGCUUGUCGCACCCAGAUGCAGAUCCGGUGGUGGAAGAGCCGAGAGAUAGCCUCGCGCAUAUACACACAUGGUUGCAUCUCACACAACACACAAGGUCAUCGAUCAUCGUGCCCUCUCGGACAAAAUCGCGCCGUAAAAAACUCUAGAGGAAUCGCGUACACGGCGUACCUUGUGGACAGCGGAGCCAAUAUGUGUUGUGCUCGGACGUGUAUUAUAUGUGACGCGUUGCGGUGCGCGGUGUGAGUGCGAGCCCUGUGCGCUGUGGCCGUGCGGGUUCAGGGUGCGCCGAGGGCGUUCUAGGAGCAAACAAGGGCGUCUACCA